GACCGGAAACAGAUCGUUGUGCGAUGGCGGACUUAGAAGAAGGUGAAAUAGCCGAUUCAGACUCUGAAGUGUCUGCACCUGCUAACACAGGCAAUAACCGAGUGUACAGUUUUGGUCAAUCCUCAUCAGUGCCAUCAAAUCUCAACCAAACCAAACCACAGGGCUUCAGCUUCUCACGGCACAGAGAUUCACCAACACCAGCAGAUUCCUUUGGACACCGUAGUUCCACAAGGAACGGUAACAGCUCUGAUGACUCAAUUGACACCAGUGAUGAAGACUCCCCUUUGUGGAACUGCAAGCGAACCAAAUACCUCAAUAGGCUCAAAAUGGAGGGGAUUGAUGCAACAUCCAGAAGUCAGUCCCCCCAGUUCAUCAAUCCCUUGCGGGACAGACACAGAGCGUCGCCGGUUCUUCAGUCGCCCCCCAAGAAGAAGACAAACAACAUCUGGGGUUCUGUGCUGCAGGAGCAGUCUCUCACACAGAACAUGGUCAGUUUUGGUGUCGACAAAGAAGAUUCUGAAGAUGACCUUGACACUCAGGACCGUAGUGUAGAGAGUUAUAACUACAAAAAAGCUCGGGAAGAUGUAAGACCUUUUCCCCAAGCGGAGGAAGAUGAAAUGGAUAGGUCAGAUGAUGAACUGUUUGGUGGGGUCGUAGAUUUGGAGCCUGAUACAGAGGCCAAAAACAAAGAGAGAAAGAAGAGGAAGCGAAAACGUCCAGUGAAAGAUAGAAUUGGUGAACGGUCUGACCUUGAUAGGGUAGGGGCGAAGUUGAUGCGUGAACAUAGACACAAAUCCAAGGGGUCGGUGAAGGACCGCCUUGGUGCAAACUCAGGGAAAUACAAGACAAACUAUCAAGAGCCAAGACCUCGGCCGAAUGUCGUUCUGUCAGAGGAUGACCCUGUACCUGUAGUUGUUGACGCUAUUGUAGAGGUUCUUGAUGAACCAAAAGUUGAUCUCAUAACGCGGAUUGUGAAGCGACUCGGUCAGAAGAAGGGCAUCCAGCUCCUCCGCCAGACAGAAGAUGUGGAGGACAGUGGAGGCAUGCUAGUGAAGGAUGGUAGUCGGCGCCGUAGUGCCGGUGGGGUAUUUCUGCAGUUGCUCAAGUCAGACUCUGACGUUACAAAGGCUGACGUAGACUACAUCUUUGAGGAAAAUGACAAGAUGUACAUGGAACAUAUAAGGAGAAAGAAUGCUGAAAAGAAAGAGAGGAAGAGACGGAUACGCCAACAGAAGCAAAUGCAGGAGACAAACCUUUUAGCAAGGAUGAAUGGUGAGACGUCCAACAAUAACCACGAUCACCAUGGCAAUGGUGUCAGUAUGCAGAUGGACCCUGACCAUAGUAACGGUUUCCACAAAGAUAGUGAUGACGGCAGUGUGUCAGAAGGGGAGAUAACUCCUGACACCUCCGGGGAGAGAGACCACCUUGACACAGGCAGCCAUCAGGGCGGCAGCAAGUCUGUGGUCAGUGUUGGGGAGGGAGAAGAGGAUAUGCUGACCAUCACAGUGGACGAGGAGGAGACAAUCGAGUGAAUAACUCUUAGCACAGUGUGGAUUAUUGUGUGAAUGCUGUUUUCCCAAAACCUUGGCAUUGAUUCUCAGUCAUUAACAUCAUGAGACUGCCUGGUAGGGCGGUGUAUUGGCAAAUAUAUUGUAUUGCAAUAAACUGCAAUUCAGGUACACAUAUUGCAAUACAUAUUGCGGUCUAUAUUGGGAGCUAAAGUGUUUGGCAUUGAGAUUGUAUGCACAGAUCCUGUAGUCUACAUACUAAGGCAUUAAAAAUAAAUGUUAUGGUUCAGGGUGCCGUUCCAAUAACCGAUCUUAACUAAGAUCAAUCUUAGCAAGCUACGCCAAUUUUACAGUCGUCUUGGCUAAUCGUUACACCUGUUCCACUAACCGAUCUUAGGCCGAUCGUAGCUAGUCCUAAGCUUAGAUCGAGACUCUUUCGAAUCUAGAAUCUGUAAGUGGUCUUGAAAAACAUGCGGCCUGCAUUUCAGGGGCGGAUACAGCUUUCUGAGAAAGGGGGAAUGCACACUAUUGAGAAAAGGAGGGGUGCACACUUCAUUUUCACCUGAGUUUCAAUGGUCAUUUAACAAACUUUCAGCAGAAAAGGGGGGAUGUGCACCCUGUACAACCCCCACCCCUCUGGAUCCGCCUAUGCCUUUGGAAUCCCCCACCAAAUAAGCACACAUAAUCAAACAUAUUUGUAUUUUUUUGUUUCAGAACAAUGUUCACUUCAUGAAGGGUCCCUAUUCUUAACCAUGACGUUGCAAUAUUGUUGUACAAAUGUAUUUCAUGGACUCCCUGGGCUGUGUUCCCAUGACGACAGUGGUCAGACUGGCCUCACAUUUGUAAGGCUCAGUGCUGUGUUUGUUUCCAUCACAGAAAUAAACAAAUUCAUUUCAUGGGGGGUUUUAGGGGACGCUCACGGUGAAAUGGUCACUUUUCUUCUUCACAUAGAAUAUGAAAGCCACCAUCCUGGUUUCUCUACGAUUGAUUUUAGCGAUCCUAAGUUGGUCAUGUGCAACUUAGACUUUGGAUCUUAACUUUACGAUGGACUGGGAUAAGAUUGGUUAGUGGGAUGGUAUGCCGAUCUUAACGUCACACUUUGAUUGGGAUUUUAGGGGUUUACGAUUGGCGUAGGGCUAAGAUCGGUUAGUGGAACGGCACCCUGAUAACUUCAAUCUAGAAAUAAGUCGGAUGGUUUGGGAUUCUAUUUCCUUUUUAUACAAUUUAUUGCAUGUAAGGUAUGGUGUUUUGUCAAUGAAUUAUGAAUGGAAACAUCAGUUGUAUAUAAAGGUAUGUGUAGUUUUUUAACUUAAGCCAUAGAGAGAGUCACAAACGUGCAAAACAAAUUUACCAAAUAUACCAGUUCUCAGAAAUAUAUUGUUAUACUUAUUAUUAGAAAAGCAUUUUGCAGUAUAUCAGUAAUACUGCACAGUCCCACUGCAUGCUAUGUGCAGCCUCUUGAUAUAUUUUGUGAGGGAUACUACUAGGCAGGACCUGAGUUUACCAGGCCCAGUUAUACCAUGUAUAUAGCCCAACCAGUAAUCAGCUCUAACUGUGGGGUGGCCUAAUGGUUAAAGUGUUCACUUGUCACACUGAAGACCCGGGUUCGACCCCACAUGGGUACAAUGUGUGAAGCCCAUUUCUGGUGUACCCGCCAUGAUAUUGUUGAAAUAUUGCUAAAAGCGGCAUAAAACUCAACUCAAUCAUUCACUCACUCACUCACUCACUCUAACUCUGGCUCUCAGUUCACAGAUUGUGACAAUGUCUGUGCAUGACAGGUCAUUUGGUUUAAUUGCGUUUCAGUUAAUUUAUCCCGGGAUCUUCUUUCUCAUCAACUUUGCAACCUAAAAGUUUGGGUUUAGGGCUGGCUAUCGAUAUCGAUCAUAGAGAUCGAUUAUCGUUAAAUGAGCAUCAGUUGAUUAUCGAUAAAUAUCGGAGAAGUAACUUUGACCAAAAAUGACUAAGUGGUGACAUAUUGAGUCUUGGGUUAUGAGCAAAACACCAUCCUGAACAUACUUUAAGAGCAGAUCAUGAAUAAAGAACUAAAUGUUUUCAUUAUUUCAUCACAAUAGUUUAUGUACGAUAUCGAUUACACAAUUUUCAUAUCGAUAAUCAUUAAUGAUGAAUCCCAUCGAUGAUUUUUCUGAUUAUCGAUCUUUUUAGCCAGCCCUAGUUUGGUAUCCUAUGCUAGUGACACACACAAUUUCAAUCAUUGAGCAUUUGUUCAUUCUCAUAGUCAUAGGCAAAUUAAUGCAAUACAAUGGAAAGCAAACAUGGUAAAUCUGUUGUGAAAAGUUUGAGUUUUGCAGGAAAGACAUGUCUAAAGCAUAAAUGUCCAAAUGUGAGCAAUUGGGUAAUAACUUGAUAGGCAGGCACAAAUUAUUUGUGAUAAUGCCUGUGGUCUCGUGUUAGUUCAGUACAUAGAGAUAAUGUUCUUGAUUAUCCACUACCAGUGAGACAAAAGAGAAAGCAUGUCAGAACUGUUCCAUUAAUUCUGGACUAACAAAAUGGAGAUCAGUCAAGUUUUUCAAUGGUUAGUGACAAUGUUUUCUACCUUAAUCUUUUCAUUAAGAAAUGCAUCAGUAUUUCUGCUGGAACAUGAUAACACAAAGGUUAGUGUUGUCAGCUUGUUCCACGAGACAUGGAACACUGGCCUCCUUGAAACUACUAAUUAAGGUGACAACUGUAAUAUUUUGUGAUGGUUUUAUAUGUUUUUCUGCAUUAUUCAUCCCAGGGCUGGGAAAAAGAAGAUAUGUUCUGUCAAUUCAUGAUAGUUCCAAUCCCAGAACAGUGAGAUCGGAGGUUAUUAUUCAUGUGAAGUUUAUGCAUGUCCACAUCUGUUGGGUUACUGAGGUAUAUUGCACACCAACUUGCCUGUAUGUAUCGUAACUUUCUCUGGCUGAAUGUGAAAAGGUCACGGUGAAGGAUUGCUUGACUUGCAAAAUUUGUGUCAGUUUUUAUUUGGGGGUCCUGGUUUCCUGGUUAUUGUAACCAUGUUAACAGUGAAAUAUUACAUGUUCUACCAUGACUUCAGUAAAUACUGGAUUGUGAUCGGUAAAUCACAGUCAUUCAGAGGUACAUAAUCAUGUUAUAUACCUCUGAUUUUCCAACACAGUACUAGUAUGUAUUUUUUUAAAUCUUACUAAUGGUAAAAUGGAGAUAAACGUACUGUGUUGGAGAAUCAGAGGUAUAUAACAAAAAUAUAAUAGCUCUAAUUUUUUUAUUUAAAACCUCACGCUACGCAUUUGGUUUUAAAUAAAUUUUAGAACUAUUAUAAUUUUGUUAUAUACCUCUGAUUUUCCAACACAGUAUGUUUAUCUCCUAAUUAAUUUCAGUUUUUCAAUUUAUUAUUUGCACUAUAAGGGUAAUAUUUUGUUCAUUCUUGUGAGUUGUAAGCUUUUUGUCUAUAACUGAAGUUGAUGAUGAUUAUUGCAUGGAUUGUUUGAUAGUGUGCAACAUUAAGGCUGCUUAAUGAGGCUGGUUGGAUGGCGUACAAUGAGUGGUUGUCUGUUGGCUUCUCCAGAAGCAGUGUCAUUGAACAUUUCAUCAUUUGAAAAAUAACAUGACAUGGAAAUUCUGGGGCAGAAAUGGUCCCUAGAGGCCCCUUGAACAAAGCGAUCUUAGAACUACAGUGAUUCCAACUCCCAUUUUGGAUGUGGACUUAAGAUGGUCAUAGCGCUAAGAUCACUUUGUGUAAGUUGGCCCUGUAUCUCAUGCUUGUCAUUAGAUGCCAUUUUAUGGAGGAUCCAGUGGUUCUGAAGGUGCCAUUGGAGUGGUUGGGUAUCCUAAUGGUUAAAGCGUUAGCUCGUCACACUGAAGAGCCGGGUUCGAUUCCCUACAGGGGUACAGUGUGUGAAGCCCAUAUCUGGUGUCCCUUGCCAUGAUAUUGCUGGACUAUUGCUAAAAGCGGCAUAAGACUUAAACUCACUCACUCUGGGUGCCAUUUCACAAAGGAAUUUUAGCGCAAAUGUGAUUCCCAGCUCCCAUACCUUAAUGCAGACUUGCAAGGGUUGUAUCACUAAGGUUGUUUUGUUGUAUGGGGCUCCCUCCCCUGGUGGGUAGUUUGUGUUGUAGCUUGUUGUAGCAACAGAGCAGUCUAUGGGUUGUUUGUAUGUCUGGUCAAGUCUGUUGUGACCAAUGUAUGAUGUUGCUUGAACACCCUCUCUGAUCUCUCCUUUGCUGAAGUGUGACAAAUGGAGAAUAAUUAAUCUGUCAGCAUAAUCACAUUGUGGGUGUUGCCAUGGAAGGCCUAUUUAAGUGUUGACUUAUGCACUGGGGUAAACAGCUGAUAGGACGUUGUCAGUCAUUGUCUUUACAUCAGGGAGAAUUUCAUUCGUUUAUAUUGUAUGAUACUAAUAUUACUAUAUUGUAUUUAGCUGUUGUUUUGAAAAAAGUAAUUUGUACAUAAAACCAUUUUCAAUGAGAUUUACACGUCAGAACAAGUUAAACAUCACUCAGUUGGAGGACUGUGAGAAGAUGCACCAUCACCUGACAGAUGAACUAUAGUCAUUUGUAAAGAAUGGUGUGCUCUUGGGGUGAAACGGUACGCUCUUACCGCGGUACGAUAUGUAUUGUGGUACAAGGCCUUCGGUUUGGUUCGGUAUAUGAGAUAUGAUCAUAAUGCAGAAAAUUGACAACAAGAGCCGUCUAGCAAAGAUGCAUAGAUUUUGACUAAAUGAUUCGAUUUCUAGACAUUUUAGAAAAGGUUUUAAAAGGUAAAAUAAAAAUGACAGUAUGAAAACCGAAGGCAUUAUGGUAUACCGAACCAAAGGGAAAAAAACGGAGUUCUACUAGUACUAAUACCGUGGUAUACUACUUCACCGCUAGUGUGCUCUUAAAGUUCCUCCUACUUGUGUGUGUAUGGGAGUAUGUAUGCAAAAUGCUAUCGUGACCACCAGUUUGCUUUUAACUAUCAAUGUUGGCUGUUUUUUUAAAGAAACAGGAUUAGGGGUGAAACGGUAUGCUCUUACCAUGGUACGGUACAAAAGGUAGUAGAAUGUGUACUUUACUGAGAAAGUGCAAUCCCAAAUAUGACAUGUUGUCAUGGAAAUCCUAUCUGUUGUGAUAUGAAUGCAGCCCAAUAAAAUCUGCUCACUCAUCUAUGCUGACCAGAGAAUUUUAUAACUUUGUAUUUUGGGGGAAGAGUUGCUUUAAUUACUAAUUGCUGAGACUGAUUCUAAGUCAUGCAGGAAACAAACUCUAAGACACAAAUAAUAUGUGAAUAAGAAACAUAAAUGCUGCAGAUGCAAUUUUUAUGUUGGUCAUAAACUGUUCUCUGAAUAUUUUAAUGACAUUUUGAGAUUUUUCGGGUGUAUAUUUUCGUAUGUUUUGUAUGAUUAAAAAAAUCUCAAACUCCAA